AUGGCAAAGAAGAGAUCCAAGCAGCAUCCAACCCAAGAGGAACCCGCGAGUCCGAUGUCUGUCCAGGUAUCUCCGAAGAUUGAUUAUGUCCAGCCAUUAUCAUCACCGUAUGAAGCCCCAGUCGUGACCGCCACGAUCGGGAAUAAGAAAUAUUGCAUUCCGGGAUAUUGUCUUCGGAAAUGCCCACAAUUUGAGCAACAGUCGGUGUUGUAUUCAUACAUUACCCUGCCUGAUGUUCACGAGGAUGUUGGCCAUACCCUUGUGCAUUUCCUAUAUUCAGGAUGCUACGAGACGAUAAACUCAUCAGUCGAGGCGGGCACAUCCAGUGUGGUAAGAGAGUAUAAGAGAAGUGUCCUGGUUUACCAGGCAUCCAGGACAUACGAGCUUCCUGCUCUUGAAGCCUUUGCCAGACAUUACAUAGAACGGUUCGGCGAAGAAAUGUCUAUGAGUGAUGUACUGCGGAUUACAAGGGAGAUCUUUUCAAAACUUCCCGACGACGAGAUCUGGCUUCCGAAGUAUAUCGAAAGAAACCUCCAGCAGUCGUUGAGGUCUAGCAAGUCAGAAUUCGAUCUGGAUGAACUUUACAAUGCCCUCGGCCAGGAUCAUUAUUUCGAUAAUACUGUGACGAAAAUGAUGCUCGAGAUACUUCUUCGUUCCCAAGAAAUCACCUCGCAGGACGGGAAGAGCCCAUGCGAACAGAUGCACAGUCAUGGGAACGGAGAGAGAAAUGCAUCAAUAGACGAAUCCCUGGACAAGAUAACUAAUGGGCGACAGUACACAGAAGAGUCAACUAAUGGAAAUCUCGCUUUUGUGGAGGCUGUUGCUGCCGCUGAGCCUAUUGCUGCCGCUGAGCCUGUUGCUGCCGCUGAGCCUGUUGCUGCCGCUGAGCCUGUUCCUGCCGAUUGGCCUGAUGCUGCCGAUUGGCCUGAUGCUGCUAUCGACGAGCCUGCUGCUGCUGAGGACUCCCCGGAUAAAUUCCGUCCGACCGAAGUUUCGCUUGAAGAUGUAGCUCUAUAUCAGAACUGGAAGAGCAUGUCCUCAAAGAAGAGGGCUAAACGAACACGAACUCUUGUAGCAAGGGGUCUUCCAAUCCCAGGGAAGGAUGGCAUAAUUUCCAUCUUCGUGGUGUGA